AUGGGGUGGAGCGCGAGGCAGGCGGCGACGGCGCGGCCAGGUGGUGGAGGCAGCAUAGGAGGCUACGGCGGCACGGGCCACGGCAGGCGCGAGCACUCCGGGAGGAGCGGCAUGGCAGGUGCGGCUCGGCGUGGCGGCGGGAGCGCGCGACGUGCGGUGACUGCGGGCAUGGACAGCGCGGGUGUGAUCCGCACCCACCGCCGCCCCCGCCGCUCCUCGCUCCGCCACCUCCUCUCCUCGCCGGCCGUCUCCGCGGCCUGCCUCCUCUUCGGCCUCGCCGGGUUCCUCGCCGCCGCGGUCUCCCUCUCCCGGGCGCCCGCCGAGGCCCCGCGGGGCCGCUGCCCGGACUCCUCGCACCCGCUCUCCGUCUCCGUCGCCUGGGACCGGCGCCCCGGGGAUGCCGCGGGCGGCGCCACCGACCUCCCGGCGGGCCUCGCCACCGGAUCACGCGGCAGGCACAAGGUGGGGGAGCUGCGACCUCGAACAGGAGGCCGCCGCCUGGGGCGCAUUGAUUCGAGCUAG